AUGAUCUCCGCCGCCACGAACUCGCUGGGUCACGGCCACCGCCGUCAAAUUUCCACUCCAGCUCCGUUCGAGGCUGCCCCGACAGUCAUGGCCAACAUCCCGCAACCCCGCGGACAUCGGCGCGGUCAGACAGUGGACUUUGCUUCCUUGAGUCCCCAGAUGACCGCCGCCCGACGCAACACGCCCACGACGGUUUCGCAGCUCCGAGACUUCUUCAACGAAAAAUCAGGUCACUCACGUCACAGCAACGCUGCCCAGCAGUAUCCAUCUUACUCCAACCAGGUCGACCGGCCUUUCACCUCAGAUCUGCCAACUCAACAGGCUUAUUCCUUCCAGUCGGCAGCAUCCAUGGGGUCCUUCAACCAGGAGCAAUUGCAAGCGAUCAACGUCCAGGCUGGUGACAUGUCUUCUCCCACCUCCUCAAUCGCUACGGCUCUCUCACGAUCGUCGAGCCAAGACUCUGACACUGCGGCUCUGAAGCAGGCCCUGUACCGAAUGCAACAAGAACAGGGCCAGCGCAACCCGCAGGUGUUCGCCAACCAGAGCCAACACCCCGUUGACACAGUGGACUGGGAACUCUUCCCUCAGAACCACAUGUCUGCAAUCCAGAAGCAACAUGCAUCGGGGUACACUCGAUCGAUGCACCCACUCUCUGUUCAACCAGAGUCUCGCUCUGACAAGGCUCAGACCCACAAUUCUACUUCGUGUAAGUCCACGAUACCUGUUACCCAAGUCGCUUGUGCCCUAACCAAUUCUCUAGACAAUUCUUCCCUUAUUACCCCUGAUGCUACCCCCAUGAAGAGAUCCAUUGAUUAUUCUAUGUUCAGCAAUGAGCACACCCCCACCAAAUCCCACAGCUUCUCGAUCCCGCGCACGCCUGUCACUGUCGACAUGCAGCGAACCAACUCCCUCCAGGAAGUGCCCAAUGUCAGUCCUGUAAAUCUCAAGCACCAGAUUCCUUCGCCUUCCAACUCCUCAUCGGCCUAUUUCACUGAGCUCGCCGCCAUGCCCUCUGCGGGGUCUUACGGUGUGUCACCACAAAAGAUCAAUUACCCUGCCACGCCUUCGACCGGCAAGCGUCAAAAGAAAACCGUUUCUCCCGUCUCAUCUCCUAUCAAACCAAAUAUUGAGACGCAAGCAGAACCUGCCGAUAACGACGACCUCGACGCUCGAGUGAAGGCGUCUGUUCAAGAGACCGGUGUUUCACCUGAGGAGAUUGCAAAGUACAUUUCUGGUCCCCAUGCCGAUGGCACAUGGGUGUGUCUGUAUGAGAAGUGCAAUACCCCGUUUGGUCGCAAGGAAAACAUCAAGUCCCACAUUCAGACCCACCUGGGAGACCGCCCGUACAAGUGCGAUGUUUGCGACAAGCGCUUCGUUCGAGGCCAUGACCUCAAGCGCCACCUUAAGACUCACAGUGGAAAGAAGCCCUUUGCUUGUGCCUGCAAUUCCAGCUUCGCUCGUCAGGAUGCCCUGACCCGACACCGCCAGCGCGAUAUGUGCGUUGGAGGUUUCACUGGCGUUGUUCCCAAGACGACCAAGCGUGGUCGCCCGCCGAAGAAGAACCGCCCCAACAUGGAGGCUCGUCAGACCAAGGCAAAUCGCACUCGUCAACUCGUGGCUGAAAAGAUCGCGUCGGAGACUCCAAUCACGACCGAGGAUCCCUUCCAAGAGGCGCCUGUGUUCACCUCGCCCAACUACGCUCCGUCCACCUACGCCCCGUCCAACUAUGCUCCAUCUACCACCCUGUCGUUCACGCCGCCUACCUCUCCCGGAUGCAGCAUUGACAACCCUGCUUCGCCCAAUCAGGCUUACACCUCGCUCACGCCUCAGUUUGAAGAUGAUAUGCUGCCAAUGCCAUCGCCUCAGAUGGCUGACUCUCGAGACGAGCGUGCACUUGCCCAGUUCGAGCCAAACAUGGUUCCCGAGUGCUACACACAUGAAGGUCUCUACAGCGACCAGGCCCUCUCGCCUCAUGACAUGUCGUCUCCUCAUACUGCCCCCACGCUGGCCGAGUCUUCGGUUGGCUCAGAGAUCGACUUCUUCAUGUCCCAGGACUCCACUGAAGAACUGCACGACCCAUUUGGGCCUCUGACCAACCAAGGCAUGCCAUUCCUUCCGGGUAACUAUCAGUAUGUGGACACCUCCGAGUUCGAAACUCCUUCAUCGUUCUAUCCGGAGAAGAGCUUCCCUAGUCUCCCGCCUCUCGGCGAAGACCCUCUGGCCGACCCGAUCGACACCCUUUCCAACGAAUUCCUGAUCGAUCCAUGA